AACACCAGCCAUUUCAACCUGCAGAUGACGCUGGGAAUCCGACCCCACCUCCCUUGCUAUACACGAUGGCGACGACGAUUAUGAUGAUGACAACGAUAAUGACCACGACAAUGAGCGAAUGAACGCGCAUGAAGCGAACGAAUGAACGAGAAUGUCAGGAACGGAAGAAGAGAGGGUCAGCAGCGCAUGGCCUCAUCGGCCCUGUGUUUGUUUGCCCAGCCCCAUGGCACCCUGCUGUCUCCUCUGCAUGAUGUCCUCUCCAGCACGCCUUCCUGCCACACUGUCUCGGUCGUCUUUUGUAUCUGCUGCCUUGCCUUGCCUUGCCUUGCCUUGCCUUGCCUUGCCUUGCUCUGCCUGUCCUUCUCUCGCCUCCUUGGCUGUAUUUGCACAUUUGCCGCCGUGUGCAUCUGUCUCCCCCCUACUCGACUAUCCCUCAUCGACGCUUUUGUUAUAUCUGGAUUACUGUAUAUUGAACCUUGGCUUGUAAAGCGAUCUCAUUUCUCUCUCGUUUCUUUUUGGCUUUCUUUCCUUCCCAGCUUUUCUUCCUGUUCCUGCUUUUUUUUUGUUUUGUUUUGUUUUGUUUUUGUGCAUUUGGUACGCUCUGCCAUGGUGACAUUGCUUCCCAUGCCAUUGCUUUCCAUGUCAUUACUCUCUCACUCUCUCUCGUGAUUUCUUGCAGUUUGCUCGUUUGGCCAUACUCUAGACGGCCACUUGAUAUCGCUGUGUUGUUUCUGGAUUCCGCACCCUUCUAUUUCCUCUCCUCCUCAUUUCGCUCCGUGUUCGCUUGCACCGAACGCCUCAAAAACAAUAUGAUAAAGGCCGUUUUUAACAAAUGAUACAAAAGUGCCGCGUCCA